AUGUGCGGCAAAAAUCGUGGCUUAAAGCCAGGCCAAAAUGCGCUUGAGGAGCGAGGGCACUGGGGAAGCAAGGUGGAGUUUCUUCUGGCUGUUGCUGGGAACAUUGUGGGCCUGGGCAAUGUGUGGAGGUUUCCGUAUUUGUGCUACAAAAACGGUGGAGGUGCAUUCCUGGUGCCAUAUCUGGUGUUUCUGGUGACGUGUGGUGUUCCGCUCUUCCUUUUGGAGACCACCAUGGGCCAGCACACCCAAGAGGGGGGCAUCAGCUGCUGGAGGAAGAUUUGCCCCCUGGCUGAAGGUAUCGGCUACGGCGGGCAGCUCAUCCUGUUUUACAGCUGCACGACCUACAUCAUUAUUCUGUCCUGGGCUCUCUUCUACCUGGUGUUCUCCUUCAACUCCACGCUGCCCUGGAGCACCUGCGACAACUACUGGAAUACAGUUGAUUGUGUCGAUGUUACAAUAAGGAACCACACCAAAGGAACCUCGGCAGCAACAGAAUUCUGGGAACGUCGAGUGUUGAAAAUCUCUGGAGGUAUUGAGGAGAUUGGCAGCAUCAGGUGGGAGGUGCUUCUCUGCCUCCUGGCUAUGUGGGUCAUUUGUUACUUCUGCAUCUGGAAAGGGGUGAAAUCAACUGGAAAGGUGGUGUAUUUUACUGCUACUUUCCCUUACGCGAUGCUCCUAGCCCUUUUGAUCCGGGGACUCACUCUUCCGGGAGCCAGACAAGGAGUGGAGUUCUACCUUCUGCCCGACCUGUCGCGACUCACAGACUCUCAAGUGUGGAUGGACGCCAUCUCGCAGCUCUUCUUCUCAUACAGCAUCGGUGUGGGCACCCUGGCUGUACUGGGUAGCUACAACACCCACAGCAACAAUUGCUACAAGGACUGCUUUUGGCUGUGUUUGCUCAACAGUUGCACCAGUGUGGUAGCUGGCUUUGCUGUCUUCUCGGUGCUGGGAUUCAUGGCUCAUGAGCAUGGCGUUACUAUCGCAGAUGUGGCUGAGUCAGGUCCAGGCUUGGCGUUCAUCGCCUACCCUCAGGCGGUGGCCAUGAUGCCGCUGCCUCAAGUGUGGUCAAUCUGCUUCUUCGUCAUGAUCAUCCUCCUGGGCUUGGACACACAGUUUGUCAGCAUGGAGGUGGUAAUGACGUCUUUCUCAGACAUAUUUCCCACAGUGAUGCGUCGCGUGGGCAGGCGAGAAGCUUUCCUCCUGCUCUUCUGCCUCACGUGUUUCUUCUCGCAGCUCGUCAUGAUCACCGAGGGAGGAAUGUACAUCUUCCAGAUGUUUGACUACUAUGCUUGCAAUGGAACCUGCAUCCUCUUUCUCUGUGUGUUUGAAAGCUUGGCAGUGGGCUGGAUAUUUGGAGCAGAGCGGCUGCGCGGCAUCAUAGCGGACAUGACAGGCGAGCGGGCCAGCCCGUUCUUCAAAAUCUGCUGGCUUUACCUGACCCCCUUGAUUUCACUGGGCUCCUUUAUAUAUUCUCUAGUUGAAUACCAGCCACUGACAUUCAACCGCCGGUACGUGUACCCCACCUGGGCCUACUUGUUGGGCUGGAUGAUGGUUCUCUCCUCCAUCCUGCUGGUACCGGGCUGGGCGCUGUACAAGCUGAGCACCACCACAGGGAAUCUCAGUCAGCGUCUCCAUCGCCUGUGCUGGCCCACGCCGCCUGACUGCUCGCUGACCCUAAAGACAGAGACAGCGCUGCAACACAUCACUGAAGAGGCUCUUGAAUGA